CGCACGCACCUGCACGCAGAGCUGCCAGGCAAUCAUGAGUGAUCGAAAGGCAGUGAUCAAGAAUGCGGACAUGUCAGAAGAGAUGCAGCAGGAUGCUGUGGAGUGCGCUACUCAGGCCUUGGAGAAGUACAACAUCGAGAAGGACAUUGCCGCUCACAUAAAGAAGGAGUUUGACAAGAAAUACAAUCCCACUUGGCACUGCAUUGUGGGAAGGAACUUUGGCAGCUACGUGACUCAUGAGACCAAGCACUUCAUCUACUUCUACCUCGGCCAAGUCGCUAUUCUCCUUUUCAAGUCUGGUUAGAACCACGGACUGUUACUGAAACUUGCACCCGGUUACGACUGCACACUAACUCGAGGCAGCCUCCCACCCCAGCCUUCACGAGAAAACCUUUGUCUUCAGGUCUUUUGUUGUAUUGUUAAUGGUCAGGGAUUUUGCUGUAGCAGCUGGUAUUUUCAUUGUGGCUAUAAAAAAGGCAAGAAUGUCUUCCUUGUAUUUAUUUUCUUUCAAAAGACAGCUUCUUUGCUAAUAAAACUGUUGGAACAAGUUCA